AUGGGAAAGCAAUCAGCUCAGAACCCAAGGGAACUACCAAAGGAAGAAUCUAACGGUGUGUCUGAAGAUGAAAUGGUUUAUAAAGAGCCAUCCAUGUAUGAUAAAUUGUUAAUGACGCUAGGGUCAUCUAGUAAAUCUGUUGCUGCUGCAUAUAAACAAAGAAAAAGGCAAGAAGAAGGUUUAAGUGACACAGAAAAGGAUGAAGAUGAUGGGACUGAAUCUUCUAGUGACUCAGAUGAAGAGGAUGAUAGUGAAGAAGGAGUUGAUGAUGAAUUUCCUAUGAAAGGAAAACCCAAAGACCCUGAAAUAGCUGGUAUUGAGGAACAGAGUGAAGAUGCUGAAACUGAGGAUGAUCUGGAGACCUCUGACUUGGAUGACCAGGAGAGCUACGACUCGGGUGUACGUGACCUGGGAAUCAGUUGUCCGUCUGCUGUUGAAGCAUCAAUGUGCUUGAGUUCCUUUGAUGUACACUUUGGGCACAAGUUAACAAAAGCAGAGGUUGAAAAUCUGUCAAAAAAGAAAUGGAAAUAUGAGUGGGAAGUGCCUGCUGUUGGGAUGUCAAAGGGCAAGUGGGCUGGAACAGGAGAGUGUUUCAUAAAAGAUGACAACCCCAAUUCUGGUUAUGGUCUGAAGCCAAAGUUGUACAAGCACUGGUUGGAUGUAUAUAACACAUCUGGAGGCAAUAAUUUUCAUUCAUCUAGACAAAGAUUAUUCUUCUCCCUCUUCAACAGCUAUCAGGAUAUAUUGCAUUGCAACAAAAAACCCUUUUAUCAUAGAGGCUCUGAUGAAGACUCGAGUGCCAUGGAUGCAUAUAUUAUGCAUUGUCUGAAUCAUGUCUUCAGAACUAGAGAUCUUGUAAUGAAGAAUGAUGCAAAAGUGUCCAAGCGUCAAGAAACUGAUAAUAAUGAAAUUCUUGCUGAUGAUAAUUUCCUUGAUCAUGGAUUUACUCGUCCUAAGGUUUUGAUCAUAUUGCCAAUUGCGAGCAUUGCACUUCGUGUUGUUAAGAGGCUAAUACAGCUUACUCCUUCAGCUCACAAGGGCAUAGUAGUAAAUUCCUCAGAUGUUGAUAUAAUUGUUGAGAUUAUUCUUAAUGGAAGCUACAUAGCUACAUUCUGCUGCUUGAAAGCUCAAUUGCCAAGAAUUCAUGUUAAUGUGGAGCACAUGGAUCGAUUUUCUAGAGAGUUCGGAACUGAAGAGGAUCAUGAUAAUGAGGACGAAAAAGAAAUUCCCCCAGGUGACCAUGACUACGGAAAUGUAAAACCUCAUAAGUCUACGAAACCUGGUGACUUUCAAGUACUUUUUGGUGGAAAUAGCAAGGAUGACUUCAUGGUUGGCAUCAAGUUCACAAAGAGGAGCAUAAAGUUGUACAGUGAUUUCUAUACCUCAGAUAUGAUAGUUGCCUCUUCAGUUGGUUUGUUGAAGAAAAUUGAUGAGGCUAAAGUAAAUAAGGAAAAGGAUGUCGACUAUCUUUCUUCCAUAGAGGUUCUAAUUGUUGAUCAUGCAGAUGUUAUAACAAUGCAGAAUUGGAACUUUUUAAAGUCAGUUGUUGAACAAUUGAACCACAUACCCUCUAAGCAGCACGGAACUGAUGUCAUGCGUAUAAGACAGUGGUACCUGGAUGGAUAUGCAUCCUUCUAUAGGCAAACGAUACUUUUGAGUUAUUAUUCAACCCCAGAUAUAAACAGUUUGUUCAACAAGAACUGCAAUAAUUACCAUGGGAAGGUGAAGUUGGUGCAUGAACAUAAAGGAGUUCUUCCUAAAGUUGUACUUCAAGUCCGCCAGACUUCAUCAGCUAAUGCGCACUGUUACUCCUCAACCUUCCAGAUUUAUCAGCGGUUUGAUGCAGAUUCAAUAGAGCAUUUUGAUGAUGCUCGUUUUGAAUAUUUUACUACGAAGGUUUUCCCAAAAAUAAAAGAUUCUAUUGAGGGUGGGAUUAUGAUAUUUAUAAGUUCUUACUUGGAAUAUGUUCGAGUUCGGAAUUUUUUGAAGUCGCAGAGUGCAUCCUUCUGUUUGCUUCAUGAAUAUGCAGAACAAAGUGAUAUUUCUCGUGCACGGGUUCAGUUUUUUGAAGGAAAGCGGAAGAUCAUGCUUUACACUGAGAGAUCACAUUUUUACCACAGAUACAAGAUUCGUGGAAUUCAGAAUUUAAUCAUCUAUUCACUGCCAGAGAGAAAGGAAUUUUACCCUGAGGUUGUUAAUAUGAUUGAUGGGUCCCAUGACAUGGCAUGCACAGUGCUCUUUUCUCAUUUUGAUCUCCUUCGGCAUGGUUAUCUUCAAUUAAAUAAAGAAACUAUCAACCAUGAGAUGUGGUGUGGUGGUAGCUCACCUCAUCCCUUAACCAUGAGGUUGGGAGUUCGAUCCCCGCCCAUGGGAAUGGAGCACAUUUCGUGGCCAGCUGUUUACCUCCUUAGGGAGAGCUCCCGCAGCGAAAGGGAUUAG